AUGAUCGUUUUGGUGGGAGCUGGCGCUGCUGUAGCUACUGCAGCUGUCGUAGGCGGCGUAGCUAGUACUGGUGGUGCUAAUUGUGGUGGCGUUGGGUGUGACGGUGGUGGUUGUGGUGGCGGUUGUGGUGGCGGUGGCGGUGACGUUGGGUGUGACGGUGGUGGUUGUGGCGGUGAUGGUGGUGGCUGUGGUGGUUGUGGUGGUGGCUGUGGUCAGGGCUUUCUGGACUACACGACGCAUAGAGGAAACAAGGGAGCCUCGCACCAAAACGACACCGCUUUGUUCUACGAUCAGAUCAAGUCGAAACUCCAGCUGGAAUUCAACAAGAACCAGCUCGUGGAGAAGCUCCGGCGCCUGAAGAAGAAGUACCGGAAUGUCCUCAACAAAAUCGCCGCUGGAAAAGAGGUCAGCUUCAAGAGCCCUCACGAUCAGGCCACGUUUGAGAUCUCGAGGAAGAUAUGGAGCAACAACGGCCGUAUCGCCGCCGACAACAAUCCGCUGGACGACGAAGACCCAACCCUGAUCAAGACCGAAGACGCCAGAUUCCAGAAAUCCACGCCGAGAUCACGCAACCUGCUUUCUUCCUCGCAUCAAGCCCCGCCUUCGUUUUUCUGUCGACUCACACUCCCGGAGCGUCGCCUUUCCAGCGGCUCGUCUAAGUUUGAGCACACGAGGAGUUUAACCUUCGCCCUGCACCAAGACGCGCCUCGGCGUCGCCUUUAA